GUACGCCGGACCGACGACGUCGAUGCGUCCUAUGUGAACGCUCCUCCUUAGGCCCCGCCCCUCUGUCCUAUAGGUCCUACCAAGAGAGCGUCACGAGUUAAGCUGCAGCUGUUUAUUAUUUCGUGAGUGAGCGAUACAUAAAGGUUUACAGUAUAAGUUCAGCGUCUCACCUUUUCCUGGGAUGGACAGGUCUGGACGUCGAACAUGUCUUCUGAUGGUGUUCAGCAUGUGUUCUGCAUCAGUUUUCAGCCAGCCUCUGAUCAAGCUCCCGUUUAUUUCCGUAUGGAACGCUCCAACUGAGCGCUGCAAGUCUCGAUUUGGAGUCGAGCUGGAUUUGAGCGUCUUCGACAUCGUGCACAACCCUAACCAGACAUUCAUGGGGGACAACAUCACUAUAUUUUACUCCGAUAAGUUAGGAAAAUAUCCUUACUAUGGUCCUAACGAUGAACCGAUAUACGGAGGUGUUCCUCAAAAUGCCAGCCUGAACCAACACCUCAGCAAAGCAGAUGAAGACCUGCGCAAAAACAUCCCGGAUCCUGAGUUUCAAGGACUGGCUAUUAUUGACUGGGAGAAAUGGAGACCCAUGUGGGAACGUAACUGGGACUCUAAAGAAGUUUACUGGAAAGCUUCGAGAGCGUUAGUGAAAGCCAAACAUCCUACCUGGAGUCCGGAUCAGAUAGAAACUGAAGCUGUGAAGGAAUUUGAAGCUUCUUCUAGGGCCUUUAUGGUGGAGACAUUAAAACUAGGCCGUAGGGAGCGUCCUGGAGGAUUAUGGGGGUUUUAUGGCUUUCCUUGCUGCUAUAAUUAUCAGUAUAAGAAGAACGAGACGUACACAGGUGAGUGUCCUGCUCUGGAGAUGAAGAGGAAUGAUAAACUGGCCUGGUUGUGGAACGUCAGCUCCGCUUUGUACCCUGAUAUCUAUCUGGAUCUCGGGCUCCGGGGCCGCAGUCAGGACAUUUUGCUAUACAGCAGGCAUCGGAUCCUGGAGGCCAUGAGGGUGAGGGAAAUGACCACCCAUAAGCCACACUCUGUUUUUCCGUACGCCAGGAUCGCCUUCACAUACUCUAUGGAGUUCCUCUCACAGGAUGACUUGGUGCACACCAUUGGCGAGAGCGUUGCACUAGGAGCCUCCGGUGUCGUGCUGUGGGGAGAUGGAAACUACUCUCAAACAAAGAAGACCUGUGAAGCGGUUCGGGAUUACCUGGACUUCACACUUGGCCGCUAUAUAGUGAACGUGACGGAGGCAGCAUUUCUAUGCAGCAGGAAAGUGUGCUCUUCUCAGGGCCGGUGUGUCAGACGGGACCCGAGCGCUUCAGUUUACCUGCAUCUCGAUCCAGAUAUCUGGUCCAUCAUUCCCAGAGCUCAGCUUCCCGCUCCCAUCACUGGCGGCCCAUCCUAUGUGGCUCACAGGAGGCUCUGGCCGGGUCAAGAUGCAACCAGAAGAUUCACAGACAGUUUCAGGUGCCAGUGUUUCCCUGGCUGGGAAGGAGAGCAAUGUCAGAAACCAGUGCCUGUCGAGACUUUCACAUAACACAAAGACUGCUAGAGGAAGGUAGAGGUUAACACUCAGGAUCUGGUUUAUAAAAUACAAGGGACAACCUGACAUUCAUAUAUGUCAGGCAAGGCAAUGUUAUUUAUAUAGCAGGUCGCACACCAGAAGCACUGCUUGGCGGCUGCCGCAUAGUGCCACGCAGCGCUAACAUUUCAGAAUUCUAAACAUAGGUUUCUAUCAGGGUACACACACCAGCGCUGCAAGUCGGCGGCUGUCCGCGGCGCCCAGCCACGACUCAGGACACUGUUCAUUUCUCUGCCGCUCCACAGAGCGCCAUCUGAUUAGUUUCAUGUUAAAUAUCAUGUGAAUAUCCGCGUCUGGUGUGUGAUACUCUUAACUGUCAUGUGUGCGCCGUGUCGCCGUGCCGAGCGGCGCUUCCGAUGUGUGACCUGCUUAUACCACAUUUCAUACACUAUGGUGAUUCGAAGUGCUUUACAUAAACAAGAAUAAAGGAAACAUAAAAUACAAGUAUAAGAGAACAACAAAGAUGAUUAAAAACAGUUUAAAAAUGUGUUAAAACUGGUUUUAAAGGAAGGAAAAAAGAAAAUAAAGACAUAAUACAAACAGCAGGGAAAGUAAGUAUUGACCACGUCAUGUUUUUUCCUGGGUAUUAUAUUUUUAAAGGAGCUGUUGACGUGGAAUUAAACCAGAUUUUGGUAAAAUCCCAAACAAUACAAACAUAAAAAUAAAACAAAACAUACAAAAACUGAAAAACUUGUUAUGUGUAAUAACGAUGAUGAAGGGCAGAUGGUUGCUGUAGAGCUACUGAGAGAUUUCAGCUGCUGUCUGGGCUUUCACUGCCUUUCUACACCUUCCUUUCUUUAUGUGUUCAAUACUUUUUCCCUGCGUCAUUUCGUUUUAUUACGAAAAACUUAAUUUGUAAACUAAUUUGAUUUUUUUUCUUUGCAUAUUUGGAUUUCUUUGGUUGUUACCAACAUCCGGGGAAAGUUUCAAGUCAACAGCACCUUUACAAAUAUGUUUUCUGAGAAAAAUGGUGACGUGCUCAAUACUUAUUUUAUAUACACUACCGGUCAAAAGUUUGGGGUCAGGAGGAUUUGUAAAUGUUUUAAAAUAAGCUUCUCCUGGGGCCUCAUGUAUCAACGCUGCGUACGCACAAAAACUUUGCAUACGCCAGAUUUCACGCUCACGUUUGCAUUUACUAAUGAUGAAAUGAACGUGAGAAUGUGCGUUGGUACACGCCAACUUCAUGUCUGGCGUACGUGCAUUUCUUGUGUGUGUUUGUUUUAUUUCCAUUGGCGUCUCCUCGAGGCAAUUAUGUUAAUUUGCACACUACAAAGUAUCUUUGAGCCGUGCAAUGGCAGCUGUAUGGAACGGGAUCAUCCGCAUGUCUAGCAGGUAUAUAAGGUUUCCAUACCAUGCAGUUGACCAGCUAAACACUAAAGCGCAAUUUGCAGCGGUCGCCGGUUUUCCCAAUGCAAUCGGAGCGAUCGACUGCACGCACAUUGCUAUAAAGGCGCCAUCUGAAGAUGAAUUUGGAUGAAUCGGAAACAUUUCCAUUCAAUAAAUGUGCAAGUAAUAUGUGACGCUCAAAUGCGCGUAACAUAAUACACACUUAUUAAUGAUUCCUACUUGUAUUCCUCGUGAUGAAGAGUAGGCAAAAUCUGAUUUGCAGUGGGGGGAAAAAAGAAUAACUUCAUCAGACGCUGGGUUCGAACCGAGUCCAUGAUCGAUCGUGUCAAAACAUGUUGCAAUGCACUUUACGAGCUAUGCCACUCAUGCUGCAAAAUUUUCCACCUUUACAUCGGACCACUUCUUUUUUAAUUCACUCACAGUGCCAUGUUCAGACCCCACUGCGUUAAUCGCAUCAGCUAAACUCUCCCACUCAAUUUUUUUCUUUGGUUAUUAAUUCUGGAGGACAAACUUACAAAUAACAUCGUUUUUCUGCGGUCUACCUCCGAUAGGAGCACCUCCAAUUCACAUUCUGUUCAAAGUUUCUCUUUUUGCUUGCUUUUGCCAUUGCUUUUUCGUUUGGUUUUGCCAAAGUAGAGUCAUUAGCAUAUUCAUACAGGGGAGGAGGCAGGGAGGGGUUUUGAGCUCGUGCACGUGCGCUCAGUUUCACAUUAAUUUAGAUGUACAAAGAGAAUAUGCGUGGGAUUCCGCGUACGCAGUGUUUCAUACAUCUGAAUUUUUUUACUGCGUACGCACUUACAGCUUUGUGUGUACGCAAUGUUUUAGUAUGAUUUCAACGCAAGUCUUUGUACAUGAGGCCCCUGCUCACCAAGGCUGCGUUUAUUUAAUCAAAAAUACGGUACAAAUUGUACAAUUGUGAAAUGUUACUGCACUAAAUAAUAACUGUUUAGAAUUAGUUUAUUUAAUUUAAUUUAAUUUAGUUUAUUUAAUUUUUCCAUUGAUUUAAAAGAUGAAUUUUUAGCGUCAAUACUCCAGUCUUCGGAGUGGCAUGAUCCUUCAGAAAUCACCCUAAUAAUAAUUAUUAUUUUUUUAUAAUUAUUUUUUUCGAGGUUUUUACCAUUAAUGGAUAGGAAAGUGUAGAGUAUUGACAGAAAACAUGGGAAGCAGAAAGAGGGGAAGGAUCGGCAUAGGACCACGAGGCGGGAAUCGAACUCGGGUCGCCAUGAGCACCGGAGUGCAUGUGUCGACGCACUAACCACUACAUGGUUAUUAUUAUUAUUAUUCAUUCAUUCAUUAGUUAAUUUUCAGCCUAGCCCCUUCAGGGGUCGCCACAGAGGAAUGAACCGCCAACUUAUCCAGCAUAUGUUUUACGCAUCGGAUGCCAUUCCAGCCGCAACCCAAUACUGGGAAACACCCAUACACUCCUGCAUUCACACACAUACACUAUGACCAAUUUAGCUAAUUCAAUUCACCUAUAGCACAUGUGUUUGGACUGUGGGGGAAACCGGAGUGCCGGAGGAAACCCACGCCAACACAGGAAGAACAUGCAAACUCCACACAGAAAUGCCAAAUGAUCCAGCCAAGACUCAAACUAGCAACCUUCUUGUUUUUAAAGCAGUUUUCUUGAAAAAAAAAAAAACUCUCCCCAAACUUUUGACCGGUAGUGUACAUCCCAUAUACAGUUGAUAUAUAUAAAUUAGAGUUAUACAGUAAAAUUAUAAGAUAGUUUUUUAUAUUUUUGAUAAAGUGUAUAUAUAUAUAUAUAUAUAUAUAUUAAGGUCAAUAUUAUUAAGAACUUUAAAGAAAGAACAAAGAACAAACUGCUGUUGUCCAAUAAUUAACCUAAUUAAUCUUAGUUAAGCCUUUAAAUUGCACUUUACACUAAAUACUAGCAUCUUCCAAUAUAACUAAUAAAUUAUGUACUGUUAUCAUUAAAAAGACAAAAGAAAUCAGUUAUUAGAAAUCAGUUUUCCUUUCAUUAAAAUGAAAAAUAACGUUUAAAGUACAUGGGAAUAAUUUUUGUAAUAAUUAAAUUUUUUUUGAUAAUAAAUAAUUAAAUAUUUUUGUCUUCAACUGUAUGUACUUGAGAUUUUAGAUUCAGUGUGUGCUAAAACAUUGUGUUUUUAAAAAUCAAUAUGCAUUUCAUAUUUGAGUGUUUACAUUAAAUCUAUGCAAAAACCUGAGAAUUUAAAAAUGAAAAUGCAUUGAGUCAUUGAAAACUAUGUGUGAACACAGAGAUAUAAAAUAUUUAUUUUUACAAA